CUUCAGAUUACAGCCAUGACCGCGAUGGGCUGGAUGAAGAUGCGAUAAUAUCUGGUGUGUUGUUCUUAGUGUAUAUAAGGAGAUGACUUCCUCUGCUUCAACAGGCUUUCACCGUCUCACUGAAGAAGGGUGCUAAGUAGCUCAUCUCUCCAAUCAUCAGACCAUAGAAACACUUUAGUGUUCUCCACUGCUGGAAAAAAUGAAAAACCCAAUCUUGGUUACGUUGGUCCUUCUGCUGGGGAUCACACUAACAACGAGUAAUAAGGAUUUCCACUUUGGAGAUAUCGUUGCAUUUGAGAGAACCUGUGGAGGAGAUAAAACAGUCUACAAGCACUAUGCUAUAUAUGUGGGCCCAAGUACAGGAAUAGACGUCGGCCAAGGAGACAAUGACAUAUUUCACCUCACAGGUAAAAAAUGCAUGGUUUCUGUGCCUAAGUUUGAUAAACUUGAAGAUGUGGCGAAAGCGUCAAAAGUCUUAAAGGACAAUUACCUCGAUGAUAAUGGCUACAAAAUACAAUAUGACAAAGACUUCGAGGCUCGGACAAAAAAGCGAAUUGGGGACACAUUUGGACAAUGGAGCAUCUAUAGACCCUUCAACAACAACUGUGAACAAUUUGCUACCCAGAUCCGCUACGGGGUCCCCAGUCUUCAGCAGCAUGACACAAUGGCUGAAUCUGUUUUAAAAGGAAAGGAGUCAGCAACAAAAGUACUGGCGACCGUAGCCAAACAUGCAACCAUGGAGACGGAGUGUCCUUUUACUGGUGGCUAACAAGUGUCUCACCAUCUAAAUCUGUCUUUCAGCCUUUCUUGCUCUCUUCUUCUUUCCUCACAUGACGUGAGGUCUUAUUUGAAAUAAAAAAUAAUGAGCAAGAA